CAAAGAGAAUCGAAACUAAGAACUCACCAGGCUACUCCUGCACACAAGAAGGAUCAAAUCUGUUACACUCAAUCCCAGGCUUAUAGGUUACUCUGAAGUCGCAAUACAAGCUUCCCGGAACAAGCAGCUAGGACACUCAAAGCUCCAACCCCAACCAUAAAAGCUGCAGUAUCUCAGAUAACUCUGAUUCAGCUGCGAUGAACUACGCAUCUGAAGGCGAUAAAGCCAUAGCGGACGCGAACUGGCCAUCUGCCAUCCGAUACUUCACCCAAGCACUAAUCGAACAUCCCCGCUCCCCAGCAUAUUACAUCAAACGGUCAACUGCCAAUUCCCGACUCAAGCCGGCAGAUGGCGGACCAAAGCAUGAUGAUGCCCUCCGCGACGCUGAAGUUGGAUUAAUUCUCGCCCGCGAACGUGGAAGACGUGAACUCAUCGAAUCUGCACAGCUGAGAAGGGGCGUUGCGCUUUUCCAGCUCGAGAGGUACGGUGAUGCGAAAUUCGUUUUCGAAACUCUCAAGAAUAAACUCUCAGGAAGGGCAGCUGGUGGGCAAAUUAAAAAUUCAGCGGAAGGAGAUAAUAAGAACCAUGCCUCGAAGGGCAGGACUGAGCAGGAGCUGUCUAUGUGGAUAGCUAAGGCUCAGAUGAAGCUGAAUAAGCUGGAAGAUGGAGAUGAUAAGGCGGCUAUUACAGUAUCAGAAUAUCCUAGCAAUGUCAUCGUUCCUACGGAGAAUGAGUCGAAGCAACAGCUGGAAUCGAUCAAGUCUCGGAUGACGGACAAUGCUGGAACUCGGAGUACUCCAGAAACAAAAGAGAACAAGAGUAAAAGUAGCGCUGCUACAGAACAACUGCAAGGCAGCGGUGAAGACCAAAAUUUGAGUAUAUGCUCUCCUGCUGUUCCGGAUUCAACGCGUUGGGUCAGCGAGACCCGAUACGAAUGGUAUCAGUCCAGCGAUUCUGUCGUCGUGAUGAUCUACGCGAAAGGUGUCUCAGAAGCCAGUGUAGAUGCUAAUCUGAAGGAGAACUAUGUGUCCAUCAAGUUUCCUCUUAUAUCUGGAGGAGAAGAUUAUGAGUUCACACUUGACCCUCCAUUUGCGUCUAUUGAUCCAUCUUCAUCCAAAGUCAGCGUAAACCUGACUAAAAUCGAGGUCGUCCUGAAAAAGCAAGCCCGCAGCCAGAAGUGGAGUACUCUGGGAGUUGUCUCUACCAGUAACGACAACAAACCGACUAUCUCCGAUUCAACGUCGACAGCUGGUCUAAAGCCUUCCUCGUUUAUGCAGACAUCGACUGCUACCCCCCCUGGACCUACCUAUCCAACAUCCUCGCGUCAGGGUCCCAAGGACUGGGAUAAGAUCGCCACAUCUCUCACGAAGAAGAAAGCGAAGCCUGAAUCCACAGGUCCCAAGGACAAGGCUGCUGAUAGCAAAGAUGAGGGCUAUGAUUCCGAUGAGACCAUAUCCCUCGACUCGGACUACGAGGGUGGGGACCCGGUUGACGCCUUCUUUAAGAAACUAUACGCAAAUGCAGACCCAGAUACCCGCCGUGCAAUGGUAAAGAGCUUUACAGAGAGUCAAGGAACCGCCUUGAGUACGAACUGGGAAGAAGUGCAGAAGGGCAAGGUUGAAACUCGAUCGUCCAGGGACUAGGAAUCAGUUGUUCAAGGAUAGAUUCAUUCUUCCUCCUUAUCUUUGAGAACUUUUCUGCAUUUUUUGCUUUCAUGUGUUUCUCCCUCUCUCCGUUUUUUACCUUUCUAAACCCCGAGAGAUCGGUCAUUUUACGGCUGUCAAUUACGAACUUCUAUCAUAUGCAUUGAGCCGGAGUUAGUAUCCUGUAACAACCUACUAUAGGAAUCCAUUCCC